UCUGGUAGCCAUGAAUUCCAGCUAGCUAGCCACCGACAACUGUCAGCACACUUGAGUAAAACCAUCCAUGUCAAGACACAAGGAGGAUUUUCAAAGUCUUGUGCUGCUUCUGUGUACAUAUAGGGGCACACCAGCCUGCCUACCGCCCUACUGUGAAUCGAUCCAGCUGGCUCAGUGACUAGACCAGAAGACCUUGGCACCGUUGUGUGCCAGCUAAUUUCAAGACCUAAGGAUUUCUGAAUCCAGAAGAUGAACGGUCUGUCCAUACGGGAGCUAUGCUGCCUGUUCUGCUGCCCCCCUUGCCCCAGCCGCAUUGCAGCCAAACUGGCUUUCCUCCCUCCGGAGCCCACCUAUGCUCUUCUCCCUGACCCAGAUCCAGGUUCUGGAGCUGGCCCUGCAUCGGGGUCCAACUCUGGGGCUGCUCUGCCCUCUCUUGGAGCCCCAGGACUGCGUUCCCGGCUGGGCACUGGUACUGGAAGUGACAGAGGAGGUGGAGGUGGUGCCGGUGCUGGUGGAGGAGGAGGAGGAGGAGGUGGUGGUGGAGGUGGGGGCGGCGGCGGCGGUGGCAGUAGUGGUGGCGGCAGCGCUGGGAGUGAGGGCAGGUGGAAGCUGCAUCUCACAGAGAGAGCAGAGUUCCAGUAUUCGCAGAGAGAGCUGGAUGUGACGGACGUAUUCCUGACCAGGUCUAGCCGAGGGAACAGGGUUGGAUGUAUGUACAUUCGCUGUGCCCCCAAUGCCAGGUUUACAGUGUUGUUUUCCCACGGUAAUGCAGUAGACCUGGGGCAGAUGAGCAGCUUCUACAUCGGCUUAGGCACACGCAUCAACUGCAACAUCUUCUCCUACGAUUACUCAGGCUACGGUGUUAGCACUGGAAAGCCUUCUGAGAAGAACCUUUAUGCUGACAUUGAUGCUGCCUGGCACGCCCUGCGCUCUCGGUAUGGCAUCAGCCCCGAGAAUAUUAUCCUGUACGGACAGAGCAUCGGCACGGUGCCCACAGUAGACUUGGCAUCACGGUUUGAGUGUGCUGCUGUGGUCCUCCACUCUCCUCUCACCUCAGGCAUGAGAGUGGCCUUCCCCGACACCAAGAAAACAUACUGCUUUGAUGCCUUUCCAAACAUCGAGAAGGUGUCAAAGAUUCCAUCUCCAGUGCUCAUCAUUCAUGGUACAGAGGACGAAGUGAUCGACUUCUCUCAUGGCCUCGCCCUAUUCGAGCGCUGUCCCAAGGCCGUGGAGCCCCUCUGGGUGGAGGGAGCCGGUCACAACGACAUUGAGCUUUACAGUCAGUACCUGGAGAGGCUACGGCGCUUUAUCAACCAGGACCUGGCUGCACAGCAUGCCUGAGAAAUGAAACAACAGCCUCUCUGUGUUAGUAUGAAUGAGACUGUGCGUGUGUGUGUGUGUGUGUGUGUGUGUGCGUGCAUGCACGUGUGUGAAAAAGAGGACGUUGGCAUGUUUGCAAAGUGUGGAUGAGAAAUAGACCUAAAAAGGAUGUGUGAUUUUUUUUGUCACAUCUGUGUGUCUUUGAAGCAGCACACCUUCAGGUUAAACACAAACACAACUUAUGUUCUGUUUCCUGUUUUGAAGGUGAGAACAUUUUUUAAUAUGUCAUUAGCUGUGUCCAUCUGUACGAGGCUGGCGAAACACUAAAAACGAGAAGAGAGAUGAGACAACUUUACGAAUGCAGUUAUAGAAGCGGGAAAAGUUCUGAAUUGCAGCUUUAAAAUGUGCUCACUCGAUGGAAUUAAGAAGAAGAAGUAACAACAAUGUGCUUUGUCCAAAAAGGCACACAGAUGUAAUUUUUGAAGUGUGACGUGUCGGUGAAUGUGCGUAUGAUGUGAGUGUUGCGUGUAUAUUCAUAUCUCCAUGGACCUGUGACACCUGAACAAUUGCGUGCACAUGUUGGCGUGUGUGUGAUUGCUGAUAGAAAUGAAGGACAUCCUGAUGACUUGGACAGCUGCAAGUGGAGGAGGCUUAUGGAGACUUAUCAAUAUUGGUGUUUUUGUUUUUCUUUUGUUUUUUUUUUUUUGCGUGUGUAUGUAUGAAGAAUACCUCCACAGCUUGACCAGUUCUCUCUCCAGUGGACUAACAUUGGUCAAGCAUGUGCCCCGCCCCCUCCUCCUCCUCCUCCUCCACUCCUUGUUUACCUGUUAAUGGACAUCCAUCUGACUGCCAGGGCAUUUCCCAAGUUGUCCAGCUAACACUAACCUGCUCUUUAUGUGUGGUUUGGGGGUCCAUCUCCUGUCCUUUGGUGUCAGUUACGGUGGAAAUGCGAGGACUAGUCUGGAAUACUGUCAUAGCUUGUAUGGCUGUUGGGUGUCUCAUACUUUCCCUAAUUUUUGACUCUGAAGAGAUCACAGAAUGGCCAGCUUCCAUGUUAUUUCCUGGCUGUAGCCCUUCACUCUCCACAGAAUUGCGGGCAACAGCUUACAGGGAAUAAUUGUGAUUUCCCCGUGUUUCUUUUUCCCACCCACAUUUUUUCCGGAACAAGAGUGAUGGCGUGGUCGAAAUGGAAACAGGUCUUUUGGAGGCACGCUGAGAAUAUCUGUUUUUUUUGGACAUUAAUCAAACAGCUACCAAAGUGCAGGUCUACUCAGUGAUUUUCACAUCUCAUUAGAUUGGUCGGCUGGAAACAGAAAGCUGUUGCCCUUCAGUAUACUAAUGGGUGACGUUUAAAGUUUAGACAGAGUGCGCUGGCUCGGUAACAGCAGCAAUAAGUCAGAUUUAGGGAAAAGUUUGACUUUUUCGAAAAAUGUGCUUUGCUGCUGAGUGUUUGAUGAGGAGAUUUGGACCUCUCAUGCAGACACUCCAGGAAGUGACUGCACCCAGACAAGAAACAGUCCAGCACAUAACACCCCAUAAAACCCUAACGUGUCGGAUACAAAGCGUUCUAGCUUUCACAGAGGUAGAAGGUGGGUUUUGUCAGCUUUGGAAAGUGCCACACUCGCCUUCCCCCCCACACACAUUUCCAGUCUUGGUGCUCAGCUGGAAGUCGCUAGUCGUUGCUUCAUAUUAUGACGGCGGUGUCAGUCUCCUCAUCUAACCCCCAGCAAGAAAGCAAAUAAGCACAUUUCCCAAAUGUCAAACUAAACAUUUGAGUCUGAAUUGCAGCUGUCGAGGUGGUUGUGUAUAAUUUGAUGGUGAACGGAGCCUCUUGGAGCUUUGAUGCUCUGGUUGGCUCUAGUAGAACAAAACGACAAAAUAGCUGCUCAGUUCACGAAACUAACGAGGAUUAUGUCCGUUUCAUUCAGAUGAACCAUCAGCAUCAUGGUGAUUAGCCUCUAGUCUUACAGCACUAUUUGUUUUCAGAGUCUUGUUCCAGUAGCACUCAUCACCAGAGUUAGUCAGCCUCCUGUUCAUAUUCACCCUCAGCACAUUACUUUCUAGCGUUUCUGUCUUGAUGUAAUUAAUCCAAACGUGUUUUGUCGUAGUGUGGGGCCAUGGAUCGUUUGUUUCAGAACCAUGCGUGUGUCGAUGUCAUGACUAACAAUGUGAUCGAGAUCAGGUGCCAGGAUGGGACAUCAUGCCUACUAGCUCUGUUUUAACCUCUGUGGCCCUAAAUGUACAGGAGCUCUCUUAUGGGUGGCAGCACGCUUCAUGUCUGACACAAGCCAUAUUUGAGCCUCUCACUGUUGGUGUGGUGCAGGUUCCACCACACACACACCUUUGCACAUCAUCACACGAACACACACACUCACACACACACACACAUCCAGACACAACACACACAUGCACACACAUACUGUAGUAUACAGUACACAUUUAUAUAUAUCAGAUCAAGCAUGACAAAAGCAGGUCUUAAGUUCAGCACUAUUGUACAAAGCAUCCAAAGUGUAAUAAGGGUAUAAAAUGUAAGUCUCUGUGUCUUCUUCAUUAUUAUUGACUGUGUUAUACAGGCCAGCAUCAAGGAUACAAGUGUCCUGUUUGGAGGAUAAGCCCUGUGUGUAGACCUGAAAAAGUACGAGAAGGAGCCUGCUGCUCAGGAGACCCGUCAGUUUCAGUGGUAGUAGCUGUGUUUUGUUAAAGGGAACAUUUACUGAACUAGCGCUGAUCUGAUUACUCCAUUUUGGGAGUGCACGUGGGUCUCAGUAAGUAGCGGAAAAGGUUACCGAACACCACUCACUUCCUGUCAUCAUUUUGAACAGGGAAGAUUCCCGUUCUCAUCCUGUGCUUCGUGUCUCCGAUAUUUGAAUAAUGGAAAUCUGUUACCUUCUUGAACCAGGGAUCUGAGCUGUCAGAAGAAGUGGAGCGAGUUCUCGCCUCUCUCCGGAAGUAAACCUCAGUUUUCUCUUGGACAGGUUGAGUUUUCAGGGAAACCUCUGGAUCCAUAUUUCAGUCAUGGGGUAAAAGGAACAGGGUAGAAACUUGCCGUUUUAUUGAUGCACCACUAUGGUUGACGUAUAUUGUAUCCUCUGGCCUUGAAUGUUUAUUGAUGGGGGGUGGGGUGGGGGGGUGAACAGUGAAAACUGUAUGCAUGUCUGUUGUGUUUUGCAGAGCAAAUGACGGGACGGGACAUUAUCUAUUGUGUAGUCUAUGUGAGGGUAAAGCUGAACUCAUGGCAUUGGAACAUUGAAGCGCUUUUUAAAAAAACAAAAAAACGGGACAUUUAUUUGACUUUUUUUAUUGCUGAUACUAACUGAUGUAUUGUUGAGUUUUGUGCUAGAGUUUGAGUGGGGCAGUGGUGGGAGGGUGGGGGGGGGACUAGACAAUAUUAGUGGACUGUUUAUAUGGUUACUGUACUUACCUAUUCUAUUCUUUGUAUUAUGAUUUGUAAUUUUAUGUUGUUUUGAACUGAGAAUAUGAUGUAAUGAAAUUAAUUCAUGGGACUGAAUCUUGACCUUUUUAUGGACAACAAAAUAAUAAAAGAUCACUUAUGUACAAAAACAUGAAAAACAAA